AUGCAGCCAGGGAAUCAGCCAGCUCAGCAAGCUCCACAAGAAGGUAAUCAAGCAGGCGGGAGAGGUUUUUUGUCUACAAUAUUAAACUUUGUGAUACUUUACUUUGUUUUUUCUAAAUUAGCAGAGAUGUUUUUUACUUCAUCGUCAACAUCAAAAUCAUCGAGCUCUUUGCCUAAACCUCCAAAAAUAACAUAUCCAAAUAUACUUCAAGAUGGGGACAAAAUAGACUUUAAGAUAUUUUUUUCUUCUGAUGAGCCUGGUUCUAAUCCAGAAUUGAUUUGGGAACAGUAUGGGCUGACAUAUGAUUUCGCACCAGAAAACCAUAGAGAGCUUGAUGUAUCAAUCCCAUUAACAUCUUAUCUACAAACAAAUGGGACAGCAAGUUUAAAUGCAGAGUUUAUUUUACAUACAUCAAGAUUUCAAAAUCCGGUUUUAUAUUCUGCUAAGAAAAAAUUAACAAAAUACGUGACUUUUGCAAAAGAAACAACAGUAAAUCUAAUGAGUGGAGAACCAGUGGUAAAAAGUGCUGAAGACGAAAAAAAAGCUAUGCACUUUAUCCCUGAAAUAGAAAUUCAUGCUGUUCACGACGUCAAUGUUUAUUCUGAUUUCCCACCCCAAAUAGCUGAUGUAAUCCAAAUUUACCAAAACACCCAUUACUAUCCAAUAAUUCUUCUUUCUGAUUUUUGGGUUCUCAAAGACAAAUUGAUCCCUCUAAACUCAACUCUUUCAGAAGUAAAAUUAAAACUUACAUACGACUCCUACUGGGUUUACAAAUAUUUCAUGAUGAAGCAGUUUGAGCUUAGUCAAACAAUCGGAAGCACUUAUGGCCUUCAGAGCGAGCAUGAAUACGACUUAAUGAAGCGUAUGUUUCUAGAAACCAACCCAUACUUUCUUGGACUCACCUUAGUUGUGUCAUUUGUACACAUGAUUUUUGAGUUCAUGGCAUUUAAAAGUGAAAUUGAGUUUUGGAAAGGUCGCCAAAACUUAAAAGGGCUCUCUACAAAUAUGCUGCUUUAUAAUUUUGUCUCAAGUAUUAUCAUUUUACUGUAUCUUUUAGACACUGGAGAAACCUCAUGGGCUGUUUGGCUACCUAUGACAGUUGGGAUUGUUAUUGAGCUAUGAAAGCUUACAAAAGGGUUUGAUAUUUCUAUAAAAAAUACUUUUCCUUUUCUGUCAGUUAAAGGAAAAGAAGCACACAAAGAAGGCGGAACCGAUCUGCUUGAUAAUGUCGCUGCAAAGUAUUUGUCGUAUAUUUUGAUGCCUUUAAUACUGAUAUUUAGCAUUUAUUCAUUGUAUGCUUAUGAAUAUAAAAGUUGGUGGUCUUGGUUUAUAGGGACUUUGGCGACUUUUAUAUAUACGGCUGGGUUUAUUAUGAUGACACCUCAGCUUUAUAUUAAUUAUAAGCUGAAGUCUGUUGCCCAUAUGCCUUGGAAAGUUCUUACUUAUAAAGCGCUGAAUACGUUUAUUGAUGAUAUGUUUGCGUUUAUAAUAGCUAUGCCAAUAAUGCACAGAUUAGCUUGCUUUAGAGAUGAUAUUAUAUUUGUGAUUUACUUAUAUCAAAAAUGGAGUUAUAGAGUUGAUCCAAACAGACAUUAUCUGGAUGAUUUGCCAGAAAAAGAUAAAACAGAUUAA